CAUGGAGUCAAGGGCUGCUCUUUCUCUCGGCAUGCCAGAGGUAACAUGACGGGACAUGCAACAUUGAAUAUAAGUAUGCCUCGACCUCUUUUCUUCUCGAGACGUUCUUUGCCUAUCACUAUCCCAAUUCAAUCAUGAAGUCUGUUUCUACGGCAUUGCUUGCCUUUACCGGCCUGGCAGCUGCGGCUUCCAAGUAUGAUGAAUAUAUUCUUGCUCCCUCGUCGAGGACAUUACAUCCGAAAGCCGUCUACCAAGACAAAGUCAACGGCACCAUCACCGGUGCAUCCAGUCUCGCCGGCGACUCCAAAGGCUCAGCAGUAUUUAGCGGCAUCUCAGCAGUAACCUACGACUUUGGCGUCAACAUUGGCGGUCUGGUCAGCUUGACCAUCGGCAACAAAACCGACUUCUCCAACAAUCAAUCCAUCGCCAUAACCUACUCCGAAAGCUCCCAAUGGAUCUCAGGCAUUGCUUGUGAUGCCACUCAGGACUCUGGUAUGGAUGAAGCUCUCUGGUUCUAUCCUUCUGGUCCUGGCGAGGUUUCUGUGGAUCGUCAGCAUGAAAGAGGAGGAUUCAGAUAUUUGAGUCUGAUUCACAACACUACUGGUGAUAUCGAGAUCACGGAGGUUACUGUUGAGUUUACUCCUUCGCCUACUACGGAUGAUUUGAGAAACUAUACUGGGUUCUUCCACUCUGAUGAUGAACUUUUGAACCGCAUCUGGUAUGCUGGAGCAUACACCAUUCAGAUGUGUGCUAUCGACCCGAAACAUGGCGACGCUCUGAUUCACUCGGACCAGAUCAACUCGAGCGUACCUGGCGACACAGUUGCUCCCUGGCCAUGGUAUAAUAAUCUCACUAUAGCGAAUUCCAGCGUUGUCCUCGUAGAUGGUGCAAAGCGUGAUCGCCUGAUCUGGCCUGGAGACAUGCAUGUCAUCACCCCCUCGCUCUUCGUCUCUAUCAGCGACGACGCAGCCAUCACAAACUCUAUCGACAAUUUGUUCUCUUUGCAAAAUGCAUCUGGAAAAUUACCGUAUGCUGGGUACCCAUUCAAGCAAGACACUUACUCGGCAACUUACCACUUGUACAACCUGAUCGGUGUAUCCGACUACUACAAGUUUACCGAUGAUCUGGACUACGUCAAGGGCAAGUGGGAUGCAUGGAAGCUUGGUCUCAACUUCUCCCUAAACUUCAUCGACGAGACUGGCCUCAUGAACCUCACCAGCCCUGAUGAUUGGCUUCGUUUCGGCCAAGGCGGCCACAACAUCGAAGCAAACGCAAUCCUUUACUUCACCAUAAACCAAGGUCUAGACCUAGCUUCUGCUUUGAACGACAGCAGCAUAGUCACUUCAUGGCAAAAUUACGCCACCGGAAUCAAAGCUGUCGCCAACAACCUCCUCUGGAACGAAACCGCCGGCCUCUACCACGACAACGAAACCACGACUUUGAUGCCUCAAGACGGCAACUCCUGGGCCGUCCUCGCAAACCUAACCAACAACGCCACCCAAGCCUCUUCCAUCAGCAAAUCCCUCGCCGCACGAUGGGGUCCCUACGGCGCCCCCGCAGUGGAAGCAGACAAUGCAGUCUCCCCCUUCAUCGGCGCCUUCGAGCUAGAAGCCCACCUCCUCGCCAACAACGUAUCCGCCGCACUAGAGUUGAUGCGAUUAGAAUGGGGUUUCAUGCUCGACGACCCUCGCAUGACCAACAGCACAUUCAUGGAAGGUUAUGCAUUUGACGGAGAAACUCAUUACGCACCGUACACAAACGACCCUAGAAUUUCUCACGCGCAUGGUUGGAGCACUGGCCCUACAGCCUUUAUGACACAAUACAUCGCCGGCAUACAAUUAGUUUCCGCCGGUGGCAGGACUUGGAAAAUAGCUCCUAAGUUGGGAGACUUGAAAACCGCACAUGCUGGCUUUACAACUACGGUGGGAAGUUUUGAGGUCUUUACUAAUGUCACGGGAAAUGGUGAUGUAAGCAUCGACUUUUCAACUCCAGUGGGCACCAGCGGUGGUGUAGCCGUGCCUUAUCCUCCUUGCGCUGGAAUCAUGACAAUCCAUGAGGUUAAAGGAAGAUGCAAGGAUGUUAUUUUGGAUGUUCAGGCUGCAGAGGAUCAAAAUGGUGAUAUCGAGGUUGAGGGAUUGAUUGGUGGGGAUUGGGAAUUGAGGUUCAGUUGUGCCAAAUAG